AUGGCUUCACCUACCAAGAGAUCCCAGGGGUCCGUGGCUAUACUCCCCGACCGCAUCGUCCCUAUGCGCGUCAUCGUCUGCGGCGUGCAUCGCACAGGCACGCUGAGCAUUCGCAGCGCCCUGUGGCAGCUGGGCUUCCACGACUGCUACCACAUGCACUCGAUGAUCCAGGACACAUCGCAGGCCCCGGAAUGGGUCCGGGCGUUUGAGGCAAAGUACGCCGGCCGGGGCACCUUUACCCGUGCCGACUAUGACCGCCUGCUCGGCGACUGCCAGGCCGUGUGCGAUGCGCCCGCCGCGUUUCUCGGCGCCGAGCUCGCGGAGGCGUACCCGGAGGCCAAGGUGGUCAUCCUGAACCGCGACCCGGAGGAGUGGUACGACAGCGUGCUUAACAGCAUUUAUCUCAUGACCAAGCCGCAGGGUUUGGGGCGAAAGCUGUCCAUGAUCUACUCCUUCAUGUUUGAUACCAGUCUGCGCAAUAUGGCUGGCUAUAGUAAGGCUCUGAGGCAGCAUGUGCUCAAGUACGAUCACGGUGAAGAAAAGGACAAGGCUCUGGCAUGGUACAAGGCGCAGUACGAUGAAUUCCGUGAGCGCAUCCCCGCCGAGCGCCGCAUCGAGUAUACCAUCACGGACGGAUGGGCACCCCUGUGCGAGCAUCUAGGCGUCCCCAUCCCCAUGGUCGAGGACCCAGAGACGGGCAAGAUGGUGGAGGCGCCGUUCCCCCGCCUCAACGACCGCGAGAUGUUCCGCGAGAACAGCAAGAGGAUGAUAAAGAGGAGCAGGGCGAGGGCCAACGACAACCUGCUCUCGGCGGUGGGGAGGCUGGCGCUGCUGGGCGUCGCGGGGUACGCCGGGUAUCUUGCGUGGAGGACCCGACUCGGCGGACGAGUCUAG